AUGCGAUCCCCUCAAUGCGCCACCAGCAGCUCUCACGCCUUUGAAAUAGAUCAGGUCACCACUAACAAAGGGCCUCAACUUCAGGGCUGCUGCUUCUCCUCCGACCGAUCUCCCGCAAACUCGCCGUAUACUCCUCCUACCGCAGCCACAGCGCCAGACGCCUCGGACCGCAACAUCACCGUUUCGUCGCCCCCUCACCCCGCCUCUCUCCUCUCACACGCGAACACCACACCGCGCGCCUCCCAUGCCUCACACCACCACCACCAUACACCUCCUUCCACAGCGACCAAGUCUGUAGCGCCGAACCAACCUCUGCGCCCUCUAACUGCCGGCCAACGCUGCGACCUCCCUGCCUCCCUCGGCCAGGAGCAAGCUCUAAUCGACCAGAGCAAUGGGCGUCAUCCUACCAGACCUACCCCAUUGACCUCGUCCACUUCAACACGCUGGACCCGCACAAGGCUAGAGCGCGAACGCCGCGACUUCUUUGACACUAGGGUCACAGGGAACCCUGAGAUAUGGGCCCUGGUGCGGACGGUGGUGCAGUUGAUACGGGCGGGGCAGGUGCGAGAAGCGCAGGGCGUGCUGGACGCGGGGGCCUGCACAUGUCCAACAGGGGAGGUGUGGCGGGGGGUGUUUGACGAACGGGGGGAGUUUUAUAAAGUGCCCGAGUGGGUGGUUGUGGAGCCGUCAGGCUUGGUUGAGGAGAGGGAGGAUGGGAAGGAUAGUCGGAGUGGGACCGAUGAUGAGUUUGACGAGGAGGAUGCGGUCGUGGAGAAAGUAGACAAGGGGAAGGGGAGGGCGGUGGAAGGCGAUGAGGUGCCCGGGGUCGUGGUAGCGGAUAAAGGGAAUAUAGUGAAGGUGAAGGCGAGGCUAAGUGACCGCGGGACGGAUGUUGCCAUAAAGAUUGGGAGUGAGGAGCGGGUGGGGUUGUUAGUAAGGAGGAUUAGGGAUGUUGCGGACAUUGAACCACACACUCGCCUCAAGAUCGCGUAUAUGGGCAAGAUCCUGCACGACCACGAGACUCUGGCAUCGCAGGGCUGGCGCGAGAAGGACGUCGUCAAUGCCCUUGUGUUUCAAUAG